AUGACAAAAACAAUUACGUCAACGCAAACGCUUAAAUUUAUCAAAGACGCUUGCUCACGAUUUGGUAUAUCAAAAACCAUUGUAACAGACAACGGAACGCAGUUUACAAGCCAGUCAUUUCAAGAUUUUUGUGAACUAAAUGGCAUACAACACUUCCGGUCGGCACCAUAUAAUCCCCAAUCUAACGGACAGGCAGAGAUCCUCGUGGACAUCUUUAAGAGGGGUAUAAUGAAAAUCAACGAAGGAGAGGAAAUAGAGGAAACAUUAAAUACAUUCCUUACAACAUACAGGUAUACUCCAAACAAGUAUAUAGACGGGAAAUCACCUGCAGAAAUUAUGAUCGGCAGGAAAGUGAGGACCAUGCUAGACCUACUUAAAUCUACCAAGCAACCAGAGACUCCCCGACAUAAUAUCAAACAAGAGGAACAAUUUAAUAAACAACAUGGAGCUAGAGAUAGGAAAUUUAAUUGCGGUGAUUUGGUCUACGCUAAACAGUAUGUGGGUAAUUCAUGGAAGUGGAUUCCCGGUACCAUCAUAGAACAAAUUGGCAACGUCAUGUACAACAUCUUGUUAGAUUCAAACAGAAGACAGCCACUUGUCCGAUGCCAUACCAAUCAACUCUUGGACAGAUACGCUGAGGGAGAAUGUCGAGCAGAUUCCAACGCAAGAUUACCGCUCGACUUAUUGAUGGAAGAAUUCCAAGUGGAUCAAGAAGAUGAUAAUCAAAGUGAGAACUUUGUAACACCUAGAACCUCGGCAGCAUCAUCGGAUGAUGAACCAGAGCAGGAAAGAAUCUUGGAAGACCGUCCCAGGAGAACGAUAAAAUUACCAACAUUCCUGCAUGAUUAUGUGCUUUAUUAA